ACUCGGUGGAGGUUGUGAGUGCCCAGCAGUGUGGGCUGAAUCUCCGUGGGGUUUAGGGAGACGAAAGGACCCCAGAUCGACGUCCCCUCGUUCCCACUUUGGGGAUCGGCGCUCUGGCUGGUGAAAGAGAGAGAGGAACUCAGAGUGGUUUUCCAGAUGGGAAUCACAUUGCUCUCUGUCCCUGAGAUCUUGCUGGAGACAGGGCUACUCAGUCCUCUUUGCUGGGUCAUCUGUUCCAGAGGAAACAUGUGUCGUUCUGACUGAGCCCCUGCCUGUCUGUCACCUUAAGAACCAGUCAAUUCAUAUGGUCCACAUAUCAAGGUCUCCUGUGCCCAGAGAGAGAGAGGAUUUCAUUUCAACCAUCACCAUCACCACCAUCAUCAUCAUCACCGGGAGGGGUUGUUGAAUUGAUAUUGGAAAAGCAGUUUCUAUUGAGCCCCCAAAUGAAGAGUGAGUGCAGAUGAAGAGGAGGCAGGACUCACAAGCCCUUGACCUUCAUUCCAGACCCAUUAGCACCUACAGGACCCUGCACCGGGAUUUCAUCUGCACUGUCAGCUUCUUCAAAGAGAGAGAGGUUGUUGAAUUGAUAUUGGAAAAGCAGUUUCCCACUGAGUCUCAAAUGAAGAGAGAGUGCAGAUGAAGAGGAGCUCUUCAUGUGGAUGUCUGAGCUCCUAUCAGGUGUCUGAAAGAGGCAGAUUCUGAGGAUUUGGGUCAUGAUGGCUGCCAAAGCUUCUACGCCUGACUUAAAGGGCAACAAUCCUAGGAGACCACCAGCACUUACAUCCCUGGUGGGACAUGACACCUGCUUAUGGCCCAGAAGUGACAAAAGAGAAUUAUCAGGAUGGCAGUCCUUAUAACCAGAUGCUUAUAAACAUUCUUCACUACAUUCUGAAGAUGAAUUUCUACAAGGGAAAUUGUUUAUGGAGGCAGCAGAUGGCUGAAAUUCUGAUGCAAUGUGGCUGGUUAAUGCACGAUCUGAAAACUCCUGCACUGGUGAUUUUGGGACAGAUCUAGAAUAUACCAAUAAAUAUAUUAACAUACCAAGUAGUCCAGGAGCAGCCACUGGGCAAACACCAAACCUUGCAUCCCCGGUGCUGUCUCUGAGCUCAACAGACAUGUCUUUGCAGAAGAGUUCUAUAAUGGUGGUACAAUGGCGCCCCCCUCAUGACAGAAGCUUGAACUACAGCUUGAACAUCGUGUGACAUGGUGAAUGAAUUUAUUGAGCCCUAGAAAGAAGGAAUAUUAAAGAAGAGCAAAGAAUAAUAGCUGUACAGAAGAUGGGGGUCAUUUAACCUGUAUCCUAGUUGCCAGACCUGUAAAGUGACCACGGGACCUGGGGGAGGCAGCAGAUGACCGAAAACCUGAAGUGAUGUGGCUGAAUACUGCAUGAUCCGAAGACUCUGCACUGGUGACUGAGAAAAAUAGGCCCAGCACUGCCUCUGCGUGCAACCCUGCUGGUCUGGCCCAGGCGCGGGGCGGGGCCAGCACGAUGAGCGCCCCAGGCAGCCCAGACCAGGCCUACGACUUCCUGCUCAAGUUCCUGCUGGUGGGCGACAGCGACGUGGGCAAGGGCGAGAUCCUGGAGAGCCUGCAGGACGGCACAGCCGAGUCCCCGUACAGCCACCUGGGGGGAAUCGACUACAAGACGACCACCAUCCUGCUGGACGGCCAGCGGGUGAAGCUGAAGCUCUGGGAUACGUCGGGGCAGGGAAGAUUUUGUACCAUAUUCCGCUCCUACUCUCGUGGUGCACAAGGAGUGAUCCUGGUCUACGACAUUGCAAACCGCUGGUCUUUUGAGGGUAUGGAUCGAUGGAUUAAGAAGAUCGAUGAGCAUGCCCCCGGUGUCCCUAAAAUCCUGGUGGGGAAUCGCCUACAUCUGGCAUUCAAGAGGCAGGUGCCCAGGGAGCAGGCCCAGGCCUAUGCUGAGCGCCUGGGCGUGACCUUCUUUGAGGUCAGCCCUCUGUGCAAUUUCAACAUCAUAGAGUCUUUCACGGAGCUGGCCAGAAUCGUGCUGCUGCGCCACAGGUUGAACUGGCUCGGGAGGCCGAGCAAGGUACUGAGCUUGCAAGACCUCUGCUGCCGCACCAUCGUGUCUUGCACGCCUGUGCAUCUGGUAGACAAGCUCCCGCUCCCCAUUGCCUUAAGAAGCCACCUCAAGUCCUUCUCCAUGGCUAAGGGCCUGAAUGCCAGGAUGAUGCGAGGCCUCUCCUACUCCCUCACCACCAGCUCUACCCACAAAAGGAGCAGCCUCUGCAAAGUGAAGAUCGUCUGCCCACCCCAGAGCCCACCCAAAAACUGCACCAGAAACAACUGCAAAAUUUCUUAAGGAAGGCACCAAAAGGAAACAAGCUGGAAUCGCUCCAAGAAAAACUGAAUGGUUACACCUGGAAGAGGGAAGAUGCAUUCCAGAUUCAAAGAAAUAACGUUUUCAGUUUCUCAUGGGAACAGUGCUGCUUGGGAAUGUGUGUG